GUGGUGGUCGUCAUCAUCUCAGCGGUGUUUGUGCCAGUUCUAUCCAUUGAUGGCAAGUGCAGUGCUGGCAAUGCUGUCGCGGUCAAAAGUGAUAGAUGAAUGUUAAACUGCAGGCCAUUAGACAGAAAAAUUCUGCAAUCAUCAAUGAAAAUGUUGCAGACAGUACCUCUGAAUUUAUGGACCAUGGCAUGACUGAACUAGUCUUUGACUUUAGAAGGGAAUAUGCCACAAAGCUGGAACAGUCUCAGGAACGGGCAAGGCGACUUCAAAAAGAUUUGGCUAUUGAAGAGCAGCAUGGACAACACCUCAGUGAAAUUUUAAAGAAGAUAGUUCCAGAUACAAAGAGUUCUCAGACUGUAAAGUCUCGAGCAAGGAGAAAGGAACCACCACCCAUAUCAGCAUUCAGUGCCACUCCAAUGGAUAAUGGUAGAUCUUCAUCAAGUGAGAACUUGAGUUCCUCAACUUCAAAAUUUUCCAAUAAUCACCUUGACCAUCAUGAGGAAUCAGAUGACCAGACUCAGUGUUCACUUAACUUUGCUAAAUCAGAGUGUGCAUUGAGCGGCAUUUGCAGCGGGAGAAAGUUUUCUGAUCCAAUGCUGUCAAAUGAUUAUCAGAUCGGUCAAAAAGACUCAGAUACACCCAGGAGUGGAACUUCUCAAUUCUCAUUCAGACACAAAUAGAAUGAAACUUAAAGAGUUCACGACAUCAGACAUUACCUGAAGAAAUUUAAAAAGGACCUGAUGACAGAAAUUGCUCAAGGUACAAAAACAAGGUCAAGCUAAAGUGCCGAUGAUUAUGAUCUUAGUACUCAGCUGAAAGGUGUUCCUCUCUGAGAAGGUAAUAUUUAGGAAUAGGAUUGAUACUGGAGGUCAUCUUAUUUGUGAUAUAAGAAUCUUUUGAUUUAUUUUAUUACUUCUCUCUGUAUGCAACAUAUUUCAGAGAUGUGAUUACAAUUGCUGAUGAGUACAAAAUUUAAAAUAGGUGACCCUA